UGCCCAAUAUAAAAACGAAAUGGUGUUUUUCUUUAACCUACAUGCCUGUUAAUUAUAACCUAGUUAGUUAUAGGUUAAAUAAAGCGGGGGUCACUGUGUCAAUAAGGCCACCGCUGACCGAGGAAUGCGCUUCGUCAUCAGCAACUUUCCCCUGGGGUUAACGAGAAGGAGGAGGUCGCGGAGGAAAGUGGAGGAGGGGAGUUCUCAGCUGGGACUUUCCUCUGCCCUCCAGGAAAACCGAAAAAAAGGGUAAAAAAAAAAAAAAGUGAAAUCACAGGGCACAGCGCCGGAGAUGUUCGCCGGAGCCGUCGCGGAAGUGGAGGAAUGCGGACCUGUGCGCCGUGGAGGGGCCGCUGCGGUGUCUCCCUCCGCUCGGGAGUACUACUCCUCUUAAUCCCACCGUUUCUCCUCGCGCUCCAGCUCCUCGUCGUCGGGUCACUUUUACCUGGAGUCGCGCGGGUGUGGAUGGGGUUAGAGGAGCGGGACGGAGGGGUCGCCUUUUCCGUUAUCAGCAUUGAACCGAAGCGGAGCUCACCGCAUCGGGGGACGCCUUCCCGGCGACCCGGUGUGGCGGAGGAGGCAGAGAUGGACGACGGGCAGAGGAGGGGGGAGGGGGCACGAGCGUACGAGGACGAGAACGAGAUGCACGCGCGCCAGGUUCGUAAAGAAGUGGGGCCCAGAGCAUUGGAAGUGCAGCUGUGGGCAGCAGGCGAGCCAUCCUUCACAGCAGAGCUCAAUCGAAUCAUCUCGUACAUCACAAGGCCACAGAUGAACUGCUCCAAGGUUUUAUCUCCAGGGCGGGCUCAGCCAGCACAAAGCCCUGCAGCGCCAGCCCAUUGGCUGCUGUGUGCUGAGGACUGGCUCCUUCCAGCUACACACAAAACGUGUGUCGCAUAUUCCUUCAGCAUGGAUGGGGGAGAUGCAGACUUUCUGAAGACUGUGUCGGGGCUGGGAUGUGAAAUACACUGUUUUGAUCCCAGCAACUCUAAUGCAUCUGGUGGUCACCUUGGCAACAGUUUGGCUAGUAACCAUGGUGAUGGAGGCGUGGUCAGCCAGCACAAGAUGUGGCUUGAGUGGCGAGCUCCAAAGAAGCGCGCGCACAAGAGGAGAGGAAACCCGGGUGGUGUUUCUCAGACACUGGCAGACAUCAUGGCAGCUCUGGGACAUCACACAGUUCACUUCCUGUAUGCUGACCUGCUAAGCGGCGAGUGGCGCGUUUUUCAGAAUUGGAUCGAGGCAGGAACUCUACAGAAUGUCCACCAUCUUGUUGCCAAGGUGCACCUGCAGUGGGCAGGGUUUGAGGUGGCUGGUAGGGAUGAGGAAGUGCUCCGCUAUUGGUUCAGUGUCCUUCAAGGUCUUCAAGCUUGUGGACUCAAGCUGGUUCACAGCUCUGCAGGAGAGGGUCACAGUGUCCUAAAACAGACAGUAGCAAAUGCUCACAGUUCCUACACACUCAGCUGGGUAAACACACGACACUGAGACUCACACACUGAUGGAUGAAGCUGCGCACACAUUAUCCAAAGAGGGGGAAGCAGCUAGUGAAGUUUCCUGUUUUUCCUGGGAUUUCAGGCAUACACAGUUCUUCACAUGACAACUCCCUCUAGUGGACAUGAAGAAAUCUGCAGUUAAAGGGUAAAGCCAACUCUGAAAGAGAAACUGUAUUUAUAUUUAAAACAGCAUUUUAUUGUAUCCAAAUAUUGAGCAGAAGAAGGGCUUGCUGUUUUAACCAAGUUACAGGCCAAAUAAUAACAACUAUUUUCAACUCAUUCAGAUUUUGCUGUGUCACAAAGGAUGUAUGUAUGUUCCAACUAUUUCUGAACGCAAAACAGCUGUCUGACAGGCUAUUCUUUAUUUAACAGUUGUACCAUAACGCUGUGGGUUUUUUUUUUUUUACCAAUGAAUCCCAGAAUGCAACCCUUUGACCUGAGUCUGAUCCAACAGGUUAACUUCUUUGAGUACAUCACUGUAAGCUUUAAUUACUUAUAUGUGCAAUAAAAUUUUACAUCAAAGAAGAGCUUAGAUUUUAUAGUAAAAUGAGUGUGUAUACUGUGAAAAUGUGUUAGAGGAAAGCAAUCAAGUUGGAGUUUAAAACCUAAAUUCCCACCACAUUAAAUUCCAAAUAAGGGUUACUCUGUUAGUGACUGGUUGUAAUGCAAUGGGUCAGGUGUGUCAGAGCACCUAUAAUUUGUGUCCUGUGGAAGAUAAACACCUUGAGGCAACUAUUGUUUCAAUGUUGCACUAUAUAAAUAAAACUGAAUUGAAUAAAAAAAUAAUUAUCUCUUGUUU